CUGACAGAGAAGCUGUUGUGGACCUGUGCUAGCUGGUAGUUUAGUAAAAUAACUUAAACAGUGUAGUAACUGUGAUAGUAAAGUAAUUUUAACAGUAUAGUAACUGUGGUUGUAAAGUAACUUUAACAGUAUAGUAACUGUGAGAGUAAAGUAACUUUAACAGUAUAGUAACAGUGGUAGUAAAGUAACGUUAACAGUAUAGUAACUGUGGUUGUAAAGUAACAUUAACAGUAUAGUAACAGUGGUAGUAAAGUAACGUUAACAGUAUAGUAACUGUGGUAGUAAAGUAACUUUAACAGUAUAGAAACAGUGAUAGUAAAGUAACUACCAGUAUAGUAACUGUCAUAGUAAAGUAACUUUAACAGUAUAGUAACUGUGAUAGUAAAAGAACUUUAACAAUAUAGUAACUAAGGAGUAAUUGUCCAGAAUGAAGAUACUCCAUAUUGUCUCAUGCUGUCUCCUCUCAGCUCUGUGUGUUGUGGAGUCAGAUGUCACUAAUGUGGAGGAGGUGGUGGGAGGACAAGUCACUGUGGGCUGCUCAUUCACAUUUGCAGGAAACAACAACAAAUACUUCUGCAAGGGGACAUGUUCUGGUGAAGACAUUCUGGUUGAAACAAAUGGGAGUAAGAAUGUAACUCAAGAAAGAUACAAUAUAGAAGACAGGGGAGGUUUAUUCUAUGUGACCAUCAAGAACCUGAGGAAGUCAGACUCAGGGACCUACUGGUGUGGAGUGGAGCGAACUAUAAAGGACACAUUCCAAGAGGUGCAUCUCACAGUUACAGAUGCUCCGCCUAUUCAGCCUGACAUCACUAGGACCAGUCCCCGCACCUCUGUCAUAGUCAGCAGGACAACGGUAGUCAUAACAACAGAGAAAGCGGUGAGCAGAAAAUCAUUAACAACAGCAACCCCAACUGAAGCAAUGACACCCGAUUCAGCCGCUGGUGUGCUGGUGUAUAUCGGGACAGGUCUGGGGAUGGUGGUGUGUGUGUUGGUCCUCGUUCUCCUCAUAUUCAUCAGACAAAGGAACAGAACAAAGAUAAAUGAAUCUGCUAACUCCAAAAGGACUGCCUUCCAACCCAUAUACUCCACACCAACCAAUCAGAACAUAGAUACAGCCUGUGACAUCACCACAUCAACCAUUUCUUGUCCAGAUGACAUCUACUCCAACAUUGGUCCGUCUGCAGAGGUUCCAGACACUGUGAGCUAUGCUACUGUCAACUUCCACAGAGAUCCAGCCUGUCUCCACUAUUCUACUGUCAACUUCCCCAGAGAUCCAGCCUGUCUCCACUAUGAUACUGUCAACUUCACCAGAGAUCCAGCCUGACUCCACUAUGCUACUGUCAACUUCCAGAGUUCCAUCCUGUCUCCACUAUGCUACUGUCAACUUCCCCAGAGAUCCAGCCUGUCUCCACUAUGCUACUGUCAACUUCACCAGAGAUCCAGCCUGACUCCACUAUGCUACUGUCAACUUCCCCAGAGAUCCAGCCUGUCUCCACUAUGCUACUGUCAACUUCACCAGAGAUCCAGCCUGACUCCACUAUGCUACCGUCAACUUCCCCAGAGAUCCAGCCUGACUCCACUAUGCUACUGUCAACUUCCCCAGAGAUCCAGCCUGACUCCACUAUGCUACUGUCACAUUCCCAGAGAUCCAGCCUGUCUCCACUAUGAUACUGUCAACUUCCCCAGAGAUCCAUCCUGUCUCCACUAUACUACUGUCAACUUCCCCAGAGAUACAGCCUGUCUCCACAAUGCUACUGUCAACGUCCCCAGAGAAACAGCCUGUCUCCACAAUGCUACUGUCAACUUCCCCAGAGAUCCAGCCUGUCUCCACUAUGCUACUGUCAACUUCCCCAGAGAUCCAGCCUGUCUCCACUAUUCUACUGUCAACUUCCCCAGAGAUCCAGCCUAUCUUCACUAUGCUACUGUCAACUUCCCCAGAGAUCCAGCAUGAAUUCAUGUUUUCAUGUCAUUUAUUCAUUCAUUUGUGUUUUUAAUUAAUUCAUUUAUUUGAUCAAUCAUUUGUUAAUUAGUUCAUUCAUUCUUUUAUUGUUUUGUUUCUUCGUUAAUUCAUGUUUUUAUUCUUAUUUUUGUAUAAUUAUUUUGAUAAUUCGUUCUUCAGUUUGUUCAUUCGUUCUUUAGUUUGUUUGUCGGUCCGUCGGUACGUCCGUUCAUUCAUUCAUUCUCUCAUUGUUUCUACUGUGAAUGUAAAAUGUCUUGAACAAAAAGAGACAGUUUGUAGCUUUUAGAAACCUUUGAUUAUUCAGUGUUUCUUACUCCACUUGAUGGGAAAUUAGCCUAUUUGUAUUUAUCAAUAAAGCACCAAUAUAUUUC